AUGGAAGAGUAUAUAAACUUGCGAGAGCUUAGCAGUAUUAUGAUAAUAAAUUUUAGGCUAGGUGAAAUAGAUAUAUGGGAUAGUAAAGAUGUAGAGGAAUUUAGGAAAAACUACUUUGAAAUAAACAGACUAUACUAAAUUGCAAAAAUAAAAGACAGCUACUCUCAUUUAGAUGACAAGAUAAACUAAUAAACUUAUGAAAAUUAUAAGAAAUGA